CUUUCAACCUUUUCUGCAGAUGACUGAGGCGGAGAUUGAAGCCGUCUUGGAUAAAACUAUGGUGCUGUUCCGUUUUCUGCAAGAGAAGGAUGUAUUUGAGCGGUACUACAAGCAACACCUGGCCAAGCGUCUCCUCUUACAAAAGUCAGUGUCGGAGGACUCGGAGAAGACCAUGAUCUCCAAGCUGAAGACGGAGUGCGGGUGCCAGUUCACGUCCAAGCUAGAGGGCAUGUUCAAAGACGUCACCAUCUCCAACACCAUAAACGAGGAGUUCAAGCAGAGAGUUAAUAGUGCCGGGACAAAUUUGUGUGGAGUUGACAUAUAUGUGCGAGUGUUGACAACUGGUUAUUGGCCAACGCAGUCGGCAAAUUUGAAAGCCAACGUACCUAUGGCCCCCAGAAGUGCCUUUGAGGCCUUCAGAAGAUUCUACCUCAACAAGCACAGUGGCAGACAACUCACUCUACAGCCACAACUAGGGUCUGCAGAUCUCAAUGCAGUAUUUUAUGGCUCAAGAAAGGAAGAUAGCUGUUCGGCAGCUAGCAGUGUGGCCUCAGUAGCAGCUUCAGCCUCAGUGACUCCUGCGACAUCAGGCGAGGCGACUGUGAGCAGCGUGGCGGGUAUCUCGUCAUCAUCAUCGGCUGUGGCAGCGGCAGCAGCGGGUGUCAGCAGCAACAACAAUGGCCUAGCCCCCUCUCCCAGUGUGCCAGGGACACCCACCUCGGCUUCGGCUGUAGGGCCCUCCCCCUCCUCCGCCCCCUCUGUCAUGGGUGCAGGAAAGCCCUCCGGGCCUAGGAAACACAUCAUCCAGGUGUCCACGUACCAGAUGGUCAUACUGAUGCUGUUCAACACCAGGGACAAGCUCACUUAUGAGGAGAUUCAGAACGAGACGGACAUCCCAGACCGUGACCUUGUUCGAGCUCUGCAGUCGCUGGCACUUGGAAAGCCUGCUCAGCGUGUGCUUGUCAAGAGCCCUAAGACGAAGGAGAUGGAGUCUUCACACGAGUUCACGGUCAAUGACUCGUUUACAUCAAAGUUGUACAGAGUGAAGAUCCAGGCAGUAGCAGCCAAGGGAGAGAGUGAGCCAGAGAGAAAGGAGACGCGGAGCAAGGUGGAUGAGGAUCGCAAGCACGAGAUUGAGGCGGCCAUCGUGAGGAUUAUGAAGGCCAGGCGGAGGAUGACGCAUAACAACUUGGUGGCAGAGGUAACAGAUCAACUCAAGUCCCGCUUCUUACCGUCCCCAAUACUUAUCAAGAAGAGAAUUGAGAGCCUCAUCGAGCGAGAAUAUUUGGCCCGCACUCCAGAAGAUAGGAAAAUCUACUCUUACGUGGCAUGAGGAGUAGGCUGUUUGUACUGGAGCAUAGCCAAGGCUGUGAAACCUUCCCUUGCGAGAGGCACGGCCAUCAGUCAAGGAGGUUGGGGGGAAAGCAAGACUCUGGAGAGUGUCGGGAAUAGGCAGCCAGUCCACCUCCUCUCCUCCGCUUUGCUCUGUCUGUCUUUCGGUCUCUUUUGUCUUCUUCUCUGUCUUUUGGUUUCUGUAUGUCUUUGUGGCUCUCUCUCUAUCUGUAUGUCUCUGUCUCUUCUGUUUCUCUCUGUUUAUCUGCCUGUCUCACUGUCAGUCUCUUUUUCUCAUUCUCACACCUGUUUCACAAAAAUUUUCACUCCCCAUCCCCCCCACCCCCCGUACAUGUGCUCUCCUCUGCAGGUGUUCACUUCACUCCAUCCCGGGAAUCUGCGGGACUCACACACACACGCUCAUGGACCUAGCAAGUUUCUGUGAGUGUCUUUGAUAGCACCAGCCGGACCCAUGUGUCUUUGCGAGCACCGGUUGGAUGUGUGAUGGAAUUGAAGAAAUAGAUAAGUGCUUUGAAAGAAAAUAAGAAAAAGGCAUAACAAGAUCGUUUUGAAUGAAUAGAUGAAUGAAUGAAUAUAUGAAUAAACAAAGGAAAGGAAACAGGAAAAGAGGACCCCUUGAUAGCCUGGUUGAUCGUUUGGAGAGACACUGUCGACUGCUUCCUGGAGCUGCUGUUGGAGAAAGAAAAAAAAUGAAAAAGAAAGGAAGAUAGGAAAAUAAAAAAGGAGGGAAGAAAGGCAGUGUGUAGAUAGCUUGAAAAAGUGUUUAGGACAGUUGAUAGUGAUCGCAACCAAAAGACAGUGAUAAUCCGUGGCGAACAAGAGUGUCCAAGGAACUAUUUUCCCCCCAUCCCUCCCUCUCCCUCCCUCAUUCUCUCACUCCCCAUUCCCCACCCCCACUCCCCACUCCCCACUCCCCACUCCCCACUCCCAUAUCUGCCCAAUUUGCCUUUUCCCCCCUUCCCCUGUCCCCUCCCUGCUUUUCCCCCAGCCCCUCCCCAGCCCCAUUUUGUAAGAUUGUUUUUUUUGCUCAUGAUAACAUAUGUGUCAUUUUCUAAGAAUGGCCCCUAUAUAGUGUCAGAGGUGCAGCCGCGCACCUUCAAAAAUUUAUACUACGUUAAUAGAAUUUGACGAUGACAAUGAGAGGAAAGAAAAGAAGAAAGGAAAAAACACUGAAGAAGAAUGAAGACUAAGAGGAAAAAUAACAACAAAAUACACACAUAACAUGAUUUAAAAAAUUAUGAAUAAAAGUAAAUAAAUAUGUAGAGUGAUGAACCCGCUUACUUGCUUGGUCCCAGCGCAUCCAAACUUGCGUGUGCGGUCAAUGCUGAGCUAAUACCAGUUGGUAGACUUUUUGCCGCAAACUUUUUUUCAUUGGGAAUUUUUUUUUUCUUUUUGUUUUUUUGUUUUGCGUUAAAUCUCCUUCCUAACCCACUCUCUCUCUUUCUCUCUCUCUCUUUUUUUCUCCUUUCGAUCACCUUUAUUUUUUUUUUGUGUAUAUAUAUAUUUUUUUCAUUUUAUGUUGAUUAUGUACUUCUGUUGCUCACGUUAUUUUUUUUUCCAUUAUGUUUUUUUUUUAUUUUUUUUUUAUUUUUUAUUAAUUAUUUUAUUGCAGGCAGCUUAUUUAAAACCAUUAGUAAUGGCAUUGUUGUGAUAAAGAAUAAUGAUGAUAAGAAUUUAAACAAAAACAAAAAAACAAAAAAAUAUUGUUAUGUACUGUUAGUUGAUGAUAAGUUAGUUUUGGUCCAAAAUCUGUAAGAUCAAUUUUUUGCAUUUAACAUGGCAAAAUAUUUAAUAAAAUUUUUAGAUUUAUUUUUCCUUCAUCUUUAGGGUAAACAAAAUGGUAUUAUUGUCAGCAGUCUUCCCAUAUGGGUUACGGGAGUGAGAGAAACUGAAACUACAGAAAAAGGCUAGUGUUCAAAUUCGUCAGGUCAGAAGGACAAUUAAAGACCCCAUAGAGUUGAUUUUAUCCAGUGCUUAUUGAAAGCAAGUAAGAAAGAAAGGAAGGAAGAAAGAAAGAAAGAAAGAAAGAAAGAAAGAAAGAAAGGAAGAAAGGAAGAGAGAAAAAAAAACACAAAAAAGAUGGAACAAUAGAAUGAUCACAAUUUUGCGGAAAAUAUGAGAGAUUAGAAUUCCCAGUCGUACUAUUUAAGGAGAUUGGGAAGGAAAGACUUAGACUGCAAGUGAGAAAAUCAUCCUAAGUUUCAUGAAAUAUAUUUAUGAUUUUUUAUAUAUAUAUAUACAUACACACAUCUGCCUGCUGUCCUCAUGACACAUUUCUUUGGAACAGUGCUCUGAUUUCCUCCACAUUUGUUUUGUUAUCUCCUCUAUCAGCCUCCCUUGUACACUCGCUACCAUUGGAAGUAUAAACAAGUUUCUAAAAAUGUAUUUAUUCCAUUAAAUGUCUGAGAGGCAA